AUGGGCCCCCUCAGAAGCUUGAUAAAGGAGGUCAAGAACACCGCGUUGGAUGCAGUGAAGCCCAAGCCUGAGCCUCCCGUUGCCAGGCGAGCGGCCAGCUCGGGCUCGAGCGACGGCAAGAAGCGGGGCAGGGGCGGCAAGUUCAAGGCCGCCUUUGCCAUGACCCGGGACGCCAACGUGCGGCGGGCCCGCUCCCUCAACCUCACGCACGGCCUCGCCUACUCCCUGGUCAUCGCCAUCUUCCUGGGCCUCACGCUGGGCGGCGACUACCCGGCGCCCAAGGCGGAGAUGGAGGAGGCCGGGGUGUGGGUGGACUAUGUGGUCAAGUACGCGCUCUACAUGGGCGCCGGCGUGCUGGGCGUGGCCGCCGUGCUGCUGGCCAACCGCGCGCUGGCGGCGGGGCGCGGCACGGCGCUGCCGCAGGCCGUGCUGCUGGUCACCGUGCUCAGCGUGCUGGCCACCAUCGGCCUCACCAUCUACCUCCUGACCAUUAACCUGGGCUACUCGUGGUGGGACUACCUGCUGAACGUCCUGAUGCUCAUCCAGCGCCUGCUGUUCUUUGUGGUGGGCAGCAUGGCGCUCUACACGCUGUGGGAGGCUGACAAGGACACCGGGGUUGCGGGACACGUGGCGGCGGCGCAGGGCGUGGCCCCCGCCCCCCCCGCCGAGGGCGGCUACUCUGUUGUGUGA